AUGAAUGAAAGUGAACAAACAAAAUUAAUACGACAUAAACGAUCAGACGAUGUUGGUGUAGAUGCUGACGGUGGUGAUGAAGUUGCUGAUCAAGGUGGUGAUCAAGGUGUUGAUCAAGGUGUUGAUCAACCCAACGACAAUGAUAAAGACGAUGUUGAUGUAAAUGCUGACGGCGGUGAUCAAGGUGUUGAUCAAGGUGUUGAUCAACCCAACGACAAUGAUAAAGACGAUGUUGGUGUAGAUGCUGACGGUGGUGAUCAAGGUGUUGAUCAAGGUGUUGAUCAAGGUGUUGAUCAAGGUGUUGAUCAACCCAACGACAAUGAUAAAGACGAUGUUGGUGUAGAUGCUGACGGUGGUGAUCAAGGUGUUGAUCAAGGUGGUGAUCAAGGUGUUGAUCAAGGUGUUGAUCAACCCAACGACAAUGAUAAAGACGAUGUUGGUGUAGAUGCUGACGGUGGUGAUCAAGGUGGUGAUCAAGGUGUUGAUCAAGGUGUUGAUCAAGGUGUUGAUCAAGGUGUUGAUCAACCCAACGACAAUGAUAAAGACGAUGUUGGUGUAGAUGCUGACGGUGGUGAUCAAGGUGUUGAUCAAGGUGGUGAUCAAGGUGUUGAUCAAGGUGUUGAUCAACCCAACGACAAUGAUAAAGACGAUGUUGGUGUAGAUGCUGACGGUGAUGAUGAAGUUGCUGAUCAAGGUGUUGAUCAAGGUGUUGAUCAAGGUGUUGAUCAACCCAACGACAAUGAUAAAGACGAUGUUGGUGUAGAUGCUGACGGUGGUGAUGAAGGUGUUGAUCAAGGUGUUGAUCAAGGUGUUGAUCAAGGUGUUGAUCAACCCAACGACAAUGAUAAAGACGAUGUUGGUGUAGAUGCUGACGGUGGUGAUCAAGGUGGUGAUCAAGGUGUUGAUCAAGGUGUUGAUCAAGGUGUUGAUCAACCCAACGACAAUGAUAAAGACGAUGUUGGUGUAGAUGCUGACGGUGGUGAUCAAGGUGGUGAUCAAGGUGUUGAUCAAGGUGUUGAUCAAGGUGUUGAUCAACCCAACGACAAUGAUAAAGACGAUGUUGGUGUAGAUGCUGACGGUGGUGAUCAAGGUGGUGAUCAAGGUGGUGAUCAAGGUGUUGAUCAAGGUGUUGAUCAACCCAACGACAAUGAUAAAGACGAUGUUGGUGUAGAUGCUGACGGUGGUGAUCAAGGUGGUGAUCAAGGUGUUGAUCAAGGUGUUGAUCAAGGUGUUGAUCAACCCAACGACAAUGAUAAAGACGAUGUUGGUGUAGAUGCUGACGGUGGUGAUCAAGGUGGUGAUCAAGGUGGUGAUCAAGGUGUUGAUCAAGGUGUUGAUCAACCCAACGACAAUGAUAAAGACGAUGUUGGUGUAGAUGCUGACGGUGGUGAUCAAGGUGGUGAUCAAGGUGUUGAUCAAGGUGUUGAUCAAGGUGUUGAUCAACCCAACGACAAUGAUAAAGACGAUGUUGGUGUAGAUGCUGACGGUGGUGAUCAAGGUGGUGAUCAAGGUGUUGAUCAAGGUGUUGAUCAAGGUGUUGAUCAACCCAACGACAAUGAUAAAGACGAUGUUGAUGUAGAUGCUGACGGUGGUGAUCAAGGUGUUGAUCAAGGUGUUGAUCAAGGUGUUGAUCAACCCAACGACAAUGAUAAAGACGAUGUUGAUGUAGAUGCUGACGGUGGUGAUCAAGGUGGUGAUCAACCCAACGACAAUGAUAAAGACGAUGUUGAUGUAGAUGCUGACGGUGGUGAUCAAGGUGGUGAUCAACCCAAUGACAAUGAUAAAGACGAUGUUGAUGUAGAUGCUGACGGUGGUGAUCAAGGUGGUGAUCAACCCAACGACAAUGAUAAAGACGAUGUUGAUGUAGAUGCUGACGGUGGUGAUCAAGGUGGUGAUCAACCCAACGACAAUGAUAAAGACGUACAUACAUUUGAAGUGAAGUCAGUACUAUCUACGGAUAAUGAAAGCUCUCCACAAUAUUGGUCACAUGAAUUGACGAAUACAACCACUCCAGCUUACAUUAAACUGGCAACUUCAUUUUGUGAUACGCUAAUGAAUAGUUUGAAAGUUGAAAAUCCAUCAUUGUCAACUGAUGCAAAGUGUACUAAUGUUACAUUCACACCAGUUGAGUUAUCCAAACGUCAGAAGAGACAGGCAAACACAAUCGUAGAUCAAAAUACACAACAAGGUAUCCAAGGAACAGCAAACAUAGAAAUUCCAUCACCACAAGCAAAAGAUCUAACUGCAGAAACAUUUACAAAUAUUGUUAAUUCUGGUAUCAAGAAAUCGGACAAACAAACCGGACUGAAGUUAUCUAAUAUAGAAACUAAAAUAAAUUACCUUUGGAUUAUUAUUCCAAUAGUUGUUGGGGGUAUAUUAUUAACAAUCAUUCUAGUUGGAAUAAUUUAUAUGUGUCAUCGAAAACAGACUACAUUAAUAAUCGAUCGUGCUCGUAUAAAUCCAUAA